AUAAAUAAAUUAUUAAAAUAUAAAACGCCCUCAGUGUAGUCAAUAAAUAAGCCAAAGAAAAGAGGUGGGUCUUGAGCUGUGCUUUUGAAAGACUCUGUAGAGGGAGCAGAUCUGAUGUGGUGAGGCACACAAACAUACUCUUUGUCCCCGAUUUUGUUUGUUUGUCCUCGAGUUGGAUUUCACAAGCUUUGGUUCACAAAAACGUAUUUUUUCCGAGGAGCCCGUGAACGCAGCAUCAGUCGCUCCGUGCAGUUUGCAGGAGGAGAUGCUCUGCAGCGGCAGCGGAACAAACAAUGUGUAGGAAGACCGAAUCUCUCCACACAAAGUGAACUGAUCAUGGCCAGUCGGUGUCGAGACGGCGGUCGCUCAGGAGACCCCACCGGCGGCUUGAAAGAGACGCAAACGCAACAAGAACCGUCCGGAGAGACGGAGGACGCGGGGGAGUCUCUGCGGGAGCUACCGCGAUGGAUGCGGCUUUAUUUCUACGGGAUGCACGGCGUGACUCUGGAUGUCCUGCUCUCAUCGGUGCAGGGUUUUCUAACCCAUCGGGACCUGAAACUGGUGGGCUUCUCCUCUCCGUAUCUCUGCAUCAUGCACUCACUGACCCACUUUGCUCUGGAGAAGAUCUACUCUCAGAAGAGGUGUUUCCUAGGUCGGCCUGUGGUGUUCCACCUGGUUUUCUACCCGUCUGUGUACAUCGGGCUGCAGAUCCUCAUCGGGAACAUCAACACUCUGACCGAGCAGGUGAGGGUGGUGUCUGGCAAACAGCUGAUGGUGCACUACAUCCUGGCUCUGUAUUUCUCCCAGGUGUUUCACAAAUGGAUGUCAAAGCUGCAGUAUCACCCAGACCUCCUCCAAAGCAAACCCAACCCGGAGGAGAGAGGUGAUGCUCGGUGGCCUCUCCACGGUCUCCCCGGUGUUGUGCGCUUCUUGUUCUUUGGCAUGCAAGGCCUCCUGGACGAGGUGAUCUUCACCUCCAUCUUCAACCUCGUGGAGAAGUCUGAUCGGACCCUGAGCGGCCACACGUCCCUGUGGUCCUUCCUGAUGUACGGCAGCUGCAGCUUCGUUGUGGAGAAGCUCUACCUCUACCUGCACUUCAAGCGAGGUUGGGGGACCUGGAGGAGACUCCCCAUCUACGUCGGCUUCAUCUACACCUGGGAGCUCUCCUGGGGUUUGGUGCUGAGGCAGUUCGGAGCCUGCUCCUGGGACUACUCCCAUUAUUCUCACAACUUCAUGGGACUGAUCACCCUGCUCUACCUGCCGGGCUGGGUCUGCCUCAGCCUGUUUCAGGACGUGCUGUCUAAUGUGCUGCUGAGAAUCAAGUGCACCAAAGAUGUGGAUGGUUCGAGUGAGAAUGGAGAAGUCAAUGGACAGCUGGAGAAAAAACAACUUUAACUUUUUCUUUUUUGAUGUUUUAAAGGGACUGUUUGUAACUUUCAGAAAUGCUUGUUAAAAGCAACACCUGUGGCCGUUAAGUUAACGAAAGUCAGCAUCGGGCUCGCGCUUG